GCCCUCAACAGGGGCAUAGCCACAGUCAAAGAGGAUGCAGUGGAAAUGCUGGCCAGCUACGGUCUGGCCUACUCCCUGAUGAAGUUCUUCACCGGGCCCAUGAGCGACUUCAAGAAUGUGGGUUUGGUGUUUGUCAACAGCAGGAGGGACCGGAGGAAGGCCGUGUUCUGCAUGGUGACAGCCGGGGCCAUCGCGUUCGUCCUUCACAUCUUGAUAGCUUACACAGAUUUAGGAUACUACAUCAUUAAUAAGCUCCACCAUGUGGAUGAAUCUGUGGGGCACAAGACAAGAAGGGCUUUCUUAUACCUGGCUGCGUUCCCUUUGUUGGAUGCAAUGGCAUGGAUUCAUGCAGGGAUACUUCUCAAGCACAAGUACAGCGUCAUAGUCGGCUCAGCCUCAAUCUCCGAUGUUGUGGCCCAGAUUGUGUUCGUGGCCAUUCUCCUCCACAGUAACCUAGAAUGUGUGGAGCCUUUACUCAUCCCAAUCCUUUCCCUGUAUAUGGGUGCCUUGGUCCGUUUCAGCAUCGUCGGUCUGGGUUACUACUGUAACGUCCACGACAGCAUCCCAGACUCCAGUGGGCUUGAUGUGGGGGGCGACGCCACUAUCAAAAAGAUGCUGAGUUUCUGGUGGCCCCUGGCCCUCAUCUUGGCCACUCAGCGCAUCAGCCGACCCAUCGUCAACCUCUUUGUGUCUCGUGACCUCAAGGGGACCUCUGAUGCUACAGAGGCCGUGGCUGUCCUCACAGCCACAUACCCUGUGGGUCACAUGCCCUACGGUUGGUUAACCGAACUUAGAGCAGUGUACCCUGCCUUUGACAAGAACAAUCCCAGUAACAAGAUGAACGCUGGCACCCCUGUCACCAAGUCACAUAUUAAAAAGUUUACAUUCUGCUGUCUGGCUCUAUCACUCACGCUUUGCUUUGUGGUGUUUUGGAGUCCCCAUGUAUCAGAGAAGAUCCUGGUUGAUGUCAUUGGAGUGGAUUUUAAUUUCGCUGAGCUGUGUGUGGUCCCGCUCCGAAUUUUCUCCUUUUUUCCCCUGCCAGUGACUGUUCGGGCUCAUUUGACUGGAUGGCUCAUGACCCUGAAAAAGACCUUUGUGCUGGCCCCCAGCUCGGUUCUCCGCAUCAUUGUCCUCAUCACCAGUCUAGUUGUUCUGCCUUAUAUGGGGGUUCACGGGGCCACACUCGGGGUUGGAUCCCUCCUGGCCGGUUUCAUAGGGGAGUCGACAAUGGUUGCCAUAGCAGCCUGCUAUGUUUAUAGACAACAGAAAAACAACGAGAUGUCCAACGAGCUGGUGGUGGAGGGUGAGGACUCUGCCCCGAUGAGCGAGGUGUGCUCCAGGACUCAGAUGGACGCCAUCGAGGAGCUCCAGGAGGAGGAGGAGGAUGGUGGCCGAAUGCGAACGGAGGGAAGGCGUGGAGAGGAAAGUCUCGACGGUGCUCCUUCUUCUCUGAAAGAGUUCAAUAAAACUUUAUUACAAACAAACAGUUUAUCUGAGUAUCUUUCACAAUAA